AGGUGGCCUGGCUCUAGGAAGGAGUACUGGCCCAGGCAGCAGCAGAGAAGGUCCAUAGGAGCCACACAGAGGAGUGCAGACCUCAAGGGCCCCAAUGGCUGAGAAGACCACAGAGGAACACCAGCUGUGGAAUGAGGCUACACCUCAGGAUGCUUCGCAGGUCCUCCAGGACAGUUUGUUCUCCUCUGAAAGUGACAACAGCUUAUACUUCACCUACAGUGGCCAGUCCAACACACUGGAGGUCAGAAAUCUCACCUACCAGGUGGACAUGGCCUCCCAGGUGCCUUGGUUCGAGCAGCUGGCUCAGUUCAAGAUACCUUGGAUGUCUCAUGCCAGCCAAGACGCCUGCGAUCUGGGUAUCCAGAACCUGAGCUUCAAAGUGAGAAGUGGACAGAUGCUGGCCAUCAUAGGGAGCUCAGGCUGUGGGAGAGACUCACUGCUAGACGUCAUCACUGGCCGGGACCACGGUGGCAAGAUGACGUCAGGCCAAAUCUGGAUCAACGGGCAACCCAGCACGCCCCAGUUGGUGAGGAAGAGUGUGGCCCACGUGCGCCAGCACGACCAGCUGCUCCCCAAUCUGACUGUCAAGGAGACCCUGGCCUUCGUUGCCCAGAUGCGCCUGCCCAGAACCUUCUCUCAGGCUCAGCGAGACAAAAGGGUGGAGGAUGUGAUUGCGGAGCUGCGGCUGCGGCAGUGUGCCAAUACCCGAGUGGGCAACACCUACGUUCGUGGGGUGUCUGGGGGCGAGCGCCGCAGAGUGAGCAUUGGGGUGCAGCUUCUAUGGAACCCAGGAAUCCUCAUCUUGGAUGAACCCACCUCUGGCCUAGACAGCUUCACGGCCCACAACCUGGUGAGAACCUUGUCCCGCCUGGCCAAAGGCAACAGACUCGUUCUCAUCUCCCUCCACCAGCCUCGGUCGGACAUCUUCCGACUAUUUGACCUGGUCCUUCUGAUGACAUCAGGCACCCCCAUCUAUUUGGGGGCUGCACAACACAUGGUCCAUUACUUCACAGAAAUCGGUCACCCCUGUCCCCGAUACAGCAACCCUGCUGACUUCUAUGUGGACUUGACCAGCAUCGACAGGCACAGCAAAGAACAGGAAAUGGCCACUAUGGAGAAGGUUCGAUCACUUGCAGCCUUGUUUCUAGAAAAAGUGCGAGGCUUUGAUGACUUUUUGUGGAAAGCAGAGGCAAAGGAACUUGACAUGGGCAUGUGUGCAAUCAGCCACACCGUCCCGCAGGAUACCAACUGCAGGACUUCCACUGAGCUGCCUGGGGGGAUGCAGCAGUUUGCCACCCUGAUUCGUCGUCAGAUUUCCAAUGACUUCCGGGACCUGCCAACCCUGCUCAUUCAUGGGGCAGAGGCCUGCCUGAUGUCCCUCAUCAUCAGCUUCCUUUACUAUGGCCGUGAUUCCAAGCAACUCGCCUUUGGGGACACAACAGCCCUCCUGUUCAUGAUUGGAGCACUCAUUCCUUUCAACGUGAUUCUGGAUGUUGUCUCCAAAUGUCAUUCAGAGAGGGCGAUGCUGUUCUAUGAGCUGGAGGAUGGGUUGUACACUGCUGGUCCAUAUUUCUUUGCCAAGAUCCUAGGGGAGCUACCAGAGCACUGUGCCUAUGUCAUCAUCUACGGGAUGCCCAUCUACUGGCUAACUAACCUGCGGCCGGGCAUCGAGCCCUUCCUGCUACACUUCCUGCUCCUGUGGCUGGUGGUCUUCUGCUGCAGGACCAUGGCCUUGGCUGCUGCUGCCAUGCUGCCCACCUUCCACAUGUCCUCCUUCAUCUGCAAUGCUCUCUACAACUCCUUCUACCUAACUGGGGGCUUCAUGAUCAACCUGAACAACCUGUGGAUAGCACCUGCGUGGAUUUCCAAGAUAUCCUUCCUUCGGUGGUGCUUUGCUGGGCUGAUGAAGAUUCAGUUUAAUGGGUAUCCUUACUUGACGCAAAUCGGCAACAUCACCUACUCAGUGCCUGGGGAUAAACUGGUCAGUGCCAUGGACCUGAACUCAGAACCACUCUACGCCAUCUACUUCAUUGUCAUUUGUAUCAGCGGCGGCUUCAUGUUCCUGUACUAUCUGUCCUUGAGGUUCAUCAAACAGAAGUCAAGUUGGGACUGGAAGACACAUCUACAAGACGCAGUUAUGAGCACUGGCUGCUCUUGCAAAGGACUCAGGUUCAGUUCCCAGCACCUACAAGCCAAGUAAUGGGCAUUCUUGCUAUAGACCAAGGAGAACUGGAGAGAGAAGGCACAAGUCUGUUUGGGGAUGCAAUCUGUGUGUUCUCAACUUGGUUAUUAUAAAGAAACACAUCCCUUGUUUCACAGAUACUACUGUGCCUUGGUGAUUGGGGCUCCAAAGCUCACAGAAUUUCGAAAGCUUUCACUCUUUCUAAAGAAGGUGAUGUUUGUCAUAGCUGUCAGAAAGGUUCAGAGACCCGGUACCAAAGCACCCAGGAUUCAGCAUCUUGUUACUCUAAAGUGCCUUACAACAUAAAUAAUGAUGCAUUGCUCUGAAGAAACAACACACCAAGAAAAAUAAGGAGGAGGCUGAAAAUAUGAUAAACUUGGUCAAGGGAAUGAAGGAAGACAAAGAAAAACAUCAGGAACAGACUGCCAGACACGAUCUGUCCUCCCCAAGAACUUCUAAGUUUGAGUCCAGGCAAAAAUAAGUCUUUAAAGAGUAACAAACAUUCAGACCUUGAAUCUCAAAAAAACAAAAACAAAAAACGUUUUGAGAUGGCUUGGCAUCAUCAUGUAAAUAUCUGAUGAUAAAAAAAUUGUAACUCACAGAUAUUUCACAUAUACUUUAUUCAAAGAAAUUCACAGGCAAAUUAAAUGGUUUAUGGUACAUGAGCAUAAUUACAUACAGAAUAUCGUACUUUCCAAAAAUUUACAGUGACAAACUUACUUUUUAGAAUUAGCUACUCUGUUAGCACUACUUAUUUCAAUACAGAUAUUACUUAGAAAGCAUAAGUCCAUCUGGAAUAUACAAUUAUAUUACGUUAAAUAUUAAUAAUCAAAAGGGGGAAAAUAUAGUGACCCAGUAGUCCAUUUUAAACAUAUAUUCAAAUGGGGACUUUUCAGCUAUUUCAUUUGUACAGCAUCCACAUAUCACUUCAUGUAAAUAAGAUUUUACCUCUAGUUUUCCAAAGAUGACUGUGAAUUCCAGAUUAUGCUCCAAGAUUAUACCUCAUUUUAAAGAUGCAUUAAUAAACAUCAGUGAAAUUCAGCUCGACUAAGUUAGGUUGGCAUGAUUGCAAAACUAGGGCCAGCUUUAGUGAAGUCACUGGUGACAUGUGUACCAAAGUGAGGCUCUUGGCAAGCCAGACAACAGCAAAACUACAUGUGUAGGUUGUGCACCUUGUCAGACCACAGAAGCAACCUCCACUGUGUCUUCCAGGCAGGACUCCACACUAGUGGAGCCUCAAGCUGAAUGGUAGUGACAUACGCUUGUCCCAGGAGCAUGCACACUUCUUGGCCCCUUCCCAUUAACCUUCCAUUUGUGCCUCUGCAGGAAGACACAUCCACAAGACGCAGGUUAACGCACAAAAAGACGCACAAAAGUCUUGCCCCGUGGCAAGGUCUCCUCUUGAUGUCAGAUGAGGGAACGAAGCUGGCAUAAAGCGGAGUAGCAAACACCAAAUUCAAAUGUAUGAGGAAUAGAAUUGGGGGCAAUUCUCAAACAAAACAUUUUGGGGGUAAUUAAUCACUUCAUCUACAAACAGGGCAAUAUUCCAAUCUAAGUUAGAAAUGGCAAGCCACCUCAACUACCUUAAAUAUGUUUUUAUGUAAUGACUUGCAAUUAGAGUCUAACAAGCACAAGGGACAAUAUGGUGAACAGCAUCUAUUUUUAAAUUUGAUUCCAAAAAGGUUACACCUGAUCUCAUAUGAAACUGUGUAUUUUUGGGUAAUGAGUCCAAAGUAGAGGGUACAGCCUGUACUAAUAAAAUCCUAAAAUCAUAAAGAAAGUCAUGACAAGAUACAAUUUUAGAAGCUUCUAUGAAGAGAAGCCCGUGGAAACCACUGUGGUAGAGAGAAGUGGGUCAGGAGUAUGGAGGAGCCCACAGGCACUGGUAAAUAGCACCCCGGCUAAGGGCGAGCUACAGCCUGUGGUCUCAGCUUCUCCCUGUAACAUGAGCAAUGCUGGGUUUGAAGACUCUUGGUGUUGGCAUUUUAGACAAUUAGAGGAAAGUGCUGGAUCCCACACACACGUAAGAGGGUAACACCCUAGAAUAUUAAGCACUAGAAAGCUCAUUUUACUUAGCUACGUGUCAAAUAAGAGAAAUUCCCUGGAAAGUUAAGGUCUUGCAUUUCAGAAAACUUAAAGAUGCUGCCAAUUUUAGAAAAAAACAAAAAAGAGCAUAGUGACUAAGUAUAUAAGCUUAUUAGCAAUAGUGCCACAGUGUAUUUUACAAAUUAAAAAAAUGCAUAAGCCAGCACUCGGGAGGCAGAGACAGGCGGAUCUCUGUGAGUUCAAGGCCAGCCUGGUCUACAUAGUGAGUUCCA